CCUCGCCGCCGCCGCCGCCGCUGCCGCCGCCGGGCAAGUCCUGCCGACAGUCUGCCCUGCCCGGCCGGGAGUGUGACAUGAGCCAGAGCGCUCCGGGGCGCCGCGCUGAUUGCCAGCGGAGAUAGCGGCCUCGCAGCCCCCGGCCCUCGCCGUCUCUCGCGCGCGCCGCGUCCCCAGUCCCUGCUGCCCUUUCCUCCCGUUCCGCCGCCGCCAUGGCCACCCUGCUCCGCAGCAAGCUGACCAAUGUGGCCACGUCCGUGUCCAACAAGUCCCAGGCCAAGGUGAGCGGCAUGUUUGCCAGGAUGGGCUUCCAGGCGGCCACGGACGAGGAGGCGGUGGGCUUCGCGCACUGCGACGACCUGGACUUCGAGCACCGCCAGGGUCUGCAGAUGGACAUCCUGAAAGCCGAGGGCGAGCCGGGUGGUGACGAGGGCGCAGAGCUGCCCGUCGAGGGAGAUAUCCACUACCAGCGCGGCGGCGCACCGCUGCCUCCCUCCGGCUCCAAGGACCAGGCUGUGGGAGCUGGGGGAGAGUUCGGGGGUCACGACAAGCCCAAGAUCACCGCGUGGGAGGCGGGCUGGAACGUGACCAACGCGAUUCAGGGCAUGUUUGUGCUGGGCCUACCCUACGCAAUCCUACACGGCGGCUACCUGGGGUUGUUCCUCAUCAUCUUCGCCGCCGUGGUGUGCUGCUACACCGGCAAGAUCCUCAUCGCGUGCCUGUACGAGGAGAAUGAGGACGGCGAAGUGGUACGCGUGCGGGACUCGUACGUGGCCAUAGCCAACGCGUGCUGCGCGCCGCGGUUCCCCACGCUGGGCGGCCGCGUGGUCAACGUGGCGCAGAUCAUCGAGCUGGUGAUGACCUGCAUCCUGUACGUAGUGGUGAGCGGCAACCUUAUGUACAACAGCUUCCCGGGGCUGCCGGUGUCGCAGAAGUCCUGGUCCAUCAUCGCCACCGCGGUGCUGCUGCCCUGCGCCUUCCUGAAGAACCUCAAGGCCGUGUCCAAGUUCAGUCUGCUGUGCACGCUGGCCCAUUUCGUCAUCAAUAUCCUGGUCAUCGCUUACUGUCUGUCGCGGGCGCGUGACUGGGCCUGGGAGAAGGUCAAGUUCUACAUCGACGUCAAGAAGUUCCCCAUCUCCAUUGGCAUCAUCGUGUUCAGCUACACAUCCCAGAUCUUCCUGCCUUCGCUGGAGGGGAACAUGCAGCAGCCCAGCGAGUUUCACUGCAUGAUGAACUGGACGCACAUCGCUGCCUGCGUGCUCAAGGGUCUCUUCGCGCUCGUUGCCUACCUCACCUGGGCCGACGAGACCAAAGAGGUGAUCACGGAUAACCUGCCCGGCUCCAUCCGCGCCGUGGUCAACAUCUUCCUGGUAGCCAAGGCGCUGCUGUCCUAUCCUCUGCCCUUCUUCGCAGCCGUCGAGGUUCUGGAGAAAUCUCUCUUUCAGGAAGGCAGCCGCGCCUUCUUCCCCGCCUGCUACGGCGGUGACGGGCGCCUCAAGUCCUGGGGGCUGACGCUGCGCUGCGCGCUGGUGGUCUUCACGCUGCUCAUGGCCAUCUACGUGCCGCACUUCGCGCUGCUCAUGGGCCUGACCGGCAGCCUCACGGGCGCCGGCCUCUGCUUCCUGCUGCCCAGUCUUUUCCACCUGCGCCUACUCUGGCGCAAGCUGCUGUGGCACCAAGUCUUCUUCGACGUCGCCAUCUUCGUCAUCGGAGGCAUCUGCAGCGUGUCCGGUUUCGUGCACUCUCUCGAGGGGCUCAUCGAGGCCUACCGAACCAACGCAGAGGACUAGGGCGCGGGGCUGAGCCUGGCCGCGCGCUCCCGCGCUCCUCCACCCCACCACCCCUCCAGCCCCCGGGGCGCCCCGCUUGGGAGGCCAAGCUUUAAACAUCUUCUGGUUCCUAAUUUCUGAUUAUUCGGGGAUGGGGGGAGGGAAGGGAUAGGCAUCCACGGCCCAUCGCGUCUGCGUUUCUGUUGUCCUUUCUUUUCCAUAUGCCCUGGUUUUGGGGGUGGCGGGGCAAAUUUGUGGGCAGUGUUUUCUGUCCUUCCUGGAGGGGCCCCAACACCUUGGCACCAGUCACCACCCGGGGUGGGAAGGGAGGGGAAAAGGGAGCACGCAGCUCACAGCCGCGGAAAUUUGACCUUGACGGGGGACAUUUCAUAGCCAUCCAGUGCUUGGAAUCUAUGUCCAGCCAUUUCCGGCAAGAGCGCUUCCCAUUCCCAAGACAUUUCAACCUUGCAACCAGAAAGGCUGACCGGGAAAUCCUUUUCGGGUGGGCGAUUUUCUUCUGCGAAGCGGGGAGAAUCCGCAGCCAGGGUCUGUUUGCCUGCCAGUUUUCAGGAAUCCAAACUCAUCUUGUGCAAUGUAUCGGUCGUGGAACUGUUCUACUGUGCGUGUGGUGUGCUCGUGGUGAAUAAGAUGAAUUGUCUAUCAGAAAAAAAAAUCUAUCUCUAAUUUAGAGUGCGGUGCAUAAUUAUAUCCGCAAAUAAAGAAGAAACAAAGGC